UGCUAUUGUCCUGCGCUUUUAAUUUUACCCCCCUCAAGGCCUACUCAUAGUGGUUGUAGUACUAUUAGUACGUUAUUAAAUUUUGGUAACAACAGUUAAGAAAAAGUCAACAUAUUAUAACGUAGUAUAACUUAAGGCGUACCCGUAACUUAAGUUAUUAAUAUUAGGGUUGUGGCGUGAACACCUUUCUUGUUUUUAAGCUUAACUUAAAACUAAAAGUUAAAAGCUAACGGAACAUCAUUAUAAGAAUUAAUUUGUUAUAUUACGCUUAUUAGGAUUAGGGCAGAUUUAGGUUAACUUAAAGAUAACUUAUGCACAAAAUAUAUAUGUUCAAGUCGUUGUUAAUGUAUGUAGUUUGGGAAAAAAUGUGAAGUUAAAUAUGAUGGUCUGAUUCUAAGAGUUCCUUUAUCACUUUUAGAGUAACAUACAAGGUAACCCCCAGUGUCUCAGUGGUAAGUCUUUGGACUUGUAUGCUAAAAGCCAGGUUUCACUACACAUGGUGAGCACGGCACAGAUAGCCCAUUGUGUAGCUUUGUGCUUAACUACAAGCAAGUGAUACACAAGGCUGUCACAUCCAACAUAAGUCAAUUACUUGUGUUGUCAAUUUUCUUCACUUCAGAUUUUCACACUGUGCAUUCCAUUUUUGUAGAAAUUGAUAAAAUUUAAAAGCAGUGUUUUAAUGUGUUGCUACAUCCACUGAUUAUUUUUUUCUUUUUGACCCUGGUCCCACCAGUAUAGUUGUGAGGCUAUUUUAUAUAAGCCAAUAAUUUUUAUGACAGAGUGGCUGACCCAGUUAGCAGUGAUAAAGAUUGAGCAUGUUCAGGGAUGGGGAUUUGAACCUGUGACCCUCAGAUUGAGAGUUGAGCACCCUAACCACCAGCACCUAUUGAUAUAAGCUCUGAAUGAUAUUACCAUGAUUUUAUAUCAGGUGUGUGCAUACUGUUGCAUGUUAGUACUGUGUUGACCAGCAAAAAAUGUAAUACUUUCCUUUUGUGUUCUCAUGUAGCUGUCAUAAAUCAAUGUUUUAUACAAAUUGGUGCCUAUGGGUUUUUAAGUAAAGCUACUGCAACAAAACUUAUGUUGUGAUGCAUGUAAAUAUCACCCAUUAAUUCUCUUGGUGUAAGGUAUAGACAAUGUGGGAGUAUGUAGUCAUUCAAGGCCAUUCUUGCACACCCAUUUUUGGAGAAAAGUAAAUAUUUAAACCAACCAUCACCUAUUUUUCAGGAAAUAAUUGAUACUCCUCUUAUAUUCUUGUACAUUGCUGGUCUCCACUACUGCUGAUGGCAGCUUAAUCCAUUAUGGCAUAAGUAAAUCACCGUAUAAUAUAAAUAAAACUGUCUUAAAUUUUAACUGAAGUCUAGCCUGUUUUUCUCCAAUCUUAAACUUGAGCCCUCUCAUUCAAUUCUACUUACAGUACACCACAAUGAAAUAUGAAGUGCUUAUCCUAUUUAUCCCCCAGAUAAGCCAAACUUUAAUAAGAUCACCUCUUGCUCUUCUAUUCCCAAAAGAAUGUAAUUUAAGAGAUCUUAAUUAUCUUUGUUGGUUAACCCUUCCAUCCUUGUUGUCCUCCUGUUAUCCCAAUAUUUUUUUGAGAUAUGGAGACCAAAAGUGUACACAGUAUUCCAGUGAUGCCUUAGUGUUUUGUGUACAUAAUUACCUCUUUUUGACUCUUAAUCAGUAUGUUGAUAAGUAAACCUUAACAUACCAUUAGAUAUACUACUAACAAGAGAGCACUGCUUUGAUAUCUUCAAGAGACUUAUCCACCACAGUGCCAAGAUCCUCUUUUUUUUAUUCACACUGCUGAGAGUGUUUGAAUAUAUAUUAAAUGUGUGAUCCAAAUUAUGAUAAUCUAAAUUUAGUACUUUGCACUUAUUAUAAUUAAGGGACAUUUGCCAAACAUUUGUUUAAUUUACCAACUGAACACCAAGUCAAUAUGUAAUUCAUCAUCAUCCCCAAUACAACUGGAAAUAUCCAAGAGUUUAAUGCCAAAGAAAUCUUUACUAAUUAUACCUUAAGCAAUACAAUUAAAUAAGAAAAAGCAAAUUCCCAAGCACUGACUUCUGAGACAGGCCUAUGAUUACCUGUGAGCAACAAUUAUAGUAUUAGUGUCACAGAAACUAAUCAAUCAAAAUUAUGAUUAAAUUGAUUAAUCAAAAGUAGUGUUUUCAAAUAUUAUUGUUUUCCAUUAUUCUAAUGGUCAGUUAAUUGAAAUAAUGAUUAUAUUUAUUGUUACAAAAGUAAUCAACUAAUUGAAAUUAGUUUCUGAUUAUUACAAUUUUCAGUUACUCCAACUAUCCAAAUAAUAAUAAUAUAGCAACCAAACUUGCUCCCCCUUUUGUCUGUUAUGGAAAAGUUAUUAAAGUGGCUACUGUGAUUAAUUUUGAAUUGCUGACUAGAUGGAAGGUAUUUGGCUGGUAGCUCCUGCCACCAACUGUUUUCUUUUUCAUUAUUUGUUUGUUUGUUGUUGAACUGCUGACUAGAGAGAAGGCAACUGUCCAGCAGCACCCACUACCAGCCUUUUCUUUUGUUGUUGAUCUGCUGACUAGAGAGAACAACAGGCUGAUAACACCUAUCACCAACUUUUUCGUUGUUGUUGAACUGCCUGCUACAGGGAAGUUAAGAAAUCUGAAAAUGGCAACUUUAGUGGAAGACUUUUCGUCAAGUGAAACACAAACAUCUACCAAUGAGCCAAUUUCUGAUGACAAAGAUAAGACCAGAGAUUUGUGUGGGAAUCCAUCAGAGCCUUUCAAGUGUGAAGUCUGUAACAAAUUGUUUAUCUCUUCAAGUUUUCUUGUGUGCCACACAGAAAUCUAUCAUAAAGAUAAGGAAGAAGUGAAUGAAAAAGAAAUUGGUGAUCUUUCUGCUGUUUUAUUUAAUGAAGAAAUUCCUGUUAAUGGAGAAGACAUCAAUGGACUUGUUAAGGAAUAUUCUUUAAAUAUAGAAAACAUGAAUGAAGCUGAAGAAGAGAAGACUAUGUUUUGUAGUAACAAUUGCAAUGAUAAAAAUGAAGAUAAACCUUGGAAACUUAAGGAAAACCAGAAUUGCAAGAAUAUUGACAAGGAUGAAAAUACCUUUUGUGAAGAUAUGCUUUCUGAAGUAGAAGAAAAUCAGGAGACAGAUGAAGGAACAAGAGACUUGGAGGAACAUUCUGUGUCUGAAACUGAAAUGUAUAAAUGUGAAUCUUGUGAAAAAUUGUUCAUUUCAGAGGAUUGCUUAUUAACCCAUAAGAAACAACAUAGUCUUUCAAGUUCUGAUGAGCAUCAUUGUAACCAUUGUACUUUUUCAACCAAAAGUUUUUCUGAGUUUUCAACUCACUCAGCCAUUCACCAAGAUUGCAAAGAAGAUGAACGACCCUUCAAAUGCCUGGAAUGUGGGAAAAAGUUCAAAAAGGAAAGCCGUCUUCGUCAGCAUAAAAAAUCUCAUGCCAAUUUCCAACCAGUAAAAUGCAGUCUUUGUGACAGUAUGUUCAGAAAAAGCUCUGGUUUAGCUACCCACAUGAGAGUUCAUCUAAGAAAGAUUCCUAAGUCACAGUCACGUGAAAAUGUUAAACUUAACAGACAGGAAAUAAUUGUAAGAAAGAUCAAUAAUGCAGGAGAUAAGCGUUUUCACUGCUCUGUGUGUGAUAAAGGAUUUACUAGCACAAAUAAUCUUAUGAAACAUUACAUAGCAAAACACGAUCCUAACAAUCCAAACAUUCCUUCUACAUCAUUUGAAACACAAAAACAAGAUGAUGAAAAAGAAGAAGCUUUGUCUUCGGAUGCAUACUCUUGUGAAAAGUGUGGAAGGUUGUUUACAUCCAUGAAAAUGUUAGAAGGACAUAAAAGAAUACAUCGAAAUGAAACAGAAAAUCGUCGUUUUAGAUGCCCACAUUGUAAAUAUUCGACAAAUAAGUCAACAGAUCUGCGAAACCACAUUGUAGUUCACACAAAUGAAAGACCACAUCAAUGCAGCUAUUGUGGAAAAGGAUUCACAGAACAGAGCAGCUUACGUAAACAUACUUUUACUCACACAGGAGAAAAACCUUAUGCUUGUGAUGUGUGUGGAAAAAAAUUCACACAACGUGCACAUUUACAAGUUCACAUGAGGAUCCACAACAAAGAGAAACCAUACCGAUGCCCAUACUGUGAAAAAACAUUUGCUUAUCAUAAUGUCCUGACUCGUCACCAGAGAUCUCAUACAGGAGAGAGGCCAUAUAAAUGUACCCUUUGUAGUAAAAGUUUUAAGAGCAACACUGCUCUUCAAGGCCAUGAAAUUGCUCAACACACCCAUGAAUAUCCUUUCAAAUGUACAGAAUGUGGAAAAGGAUUCUUACAGUUUGGAAGCAUGCAGAUUCAUUUGAGAAAUAUUCAUAAUAUAGCAAUUUACAAGCUUAAAGAGGGUCAUAAUUGAUUCUUGAUAAUUUCUUGUCUUUUUGUUCAUAUCCAACCCUAUACAAUAUGCAGAGCUGUAAAAUUUAUUAAUCGUACAUUAGCCAGACAUCUAUGUUUACUAGCCAGGAAGUUUUCAAAUGUAAUGCUUCUGUACAGCCACAGAAAACAAAUUUUAAAAGACUUGUUUUAUGUUUCUUGCAUAUAUUGUUUGUUAUUGUAAUUUCUCUUUUCUAAGUGUUCAGAUAUAACUGAAAUAAAAACAUGCUUUAAAUGCAUGUGUACUUUUUUCUGUUCAUUAUUUUGAGGUGACUUACUACAUAGUUACUUUGCUGGUGGUCAGUAGUAGCCUGGAUUACUGCUAAAGCCAAUUUUGAAAUCUAAUAGAAAGUGGUGAGAAGAGGUAGCUGUUUUAUUGUUGGGUAAGAAUGUGGUUUUUAGUGUAGGCUUGGUAGUUUAUUUCCUUAUGUUUUGUAUGAAGAUUAUUAAAUGGCUGGCUGUGAAACUAAGUUUCAACUGAAUAACAAGAUGUUAUAAGAUUUUUUUGCCAUCAAUUUAAAUCUUGUAGAGCAUUGUUCUGCUAAUCCAAGUUACAGGUGUACACACAGAAUGGCAUAAAGUUUGACCCACAAUUUUUAAGUAUCAUUUUUAGAAAAAUUACUUAUCAGUGUGCAAAUUUCUUUAAUCGUGAGAAAUAGGUGGAUAUUUUCAGCAUUGUGUACAAUAACUAUAUGUACAAAUACUUUGUGACAAGGCAGGCUUAAUGGAAACUGGAUAUUCUAAAAUGACCAUAGAUAUGCUUAAAGCAAUAAAUGUUUUGGUUGGACCUUUGGAAUUGUUUUCAUAGUAAAUAGAAAUUAUAUUAGGCACAACCACAAAAUUUUCAAACUUAUCAAAUCAUCAAACAAAGAACUCAGGAAAAUAUGAAAGAUGUUUUUUUAUUUCAAGUCUCUAUCUGUCAUAUAAGCCAAGAUAUUGCAGGUGAAAUUAUGGAUUUUCCCCCUAAUCCACAAUGAUAACACCUUAUCAUAAUCUGUGACUUUUUGUUCCUUGGAGUACAUCUUUCUUACAUACAUAAAUAAAUAUGACUUUCUUCAUAUUGGUAAUAGUAGCAUUACUCUUUCAGCAAAAUGCUUCAAUUCAUUCUGUAUAACACGAGCUUCUAUCUGCUAUAGAUGCUGUUGGUCAUUUUCAAAAACAAAAUGCAUAAUUAUUAUAGCAUUCUUAACUACAAGUCAAUCAAUGAAUUGGUCUAUACCCAUAUCUGCUUCGUUCAAAAUAGUUUGUAUUCACUAUACUCUCAUACCUACUUUUAAAAAAAUUUUACCAGUACAAAACAGGUUUUUGCUAGUAAAAAAGUUAUCAGCUACUCCAUAGCCUGGACAACACAAUACUGAAUACACCAAAAAACUUUCUGUACAAAUAUUACAUGGAUAAUGCAAUAUUGCAAGUUGUCUGAAUUGAAUUAUUUUCUUAUUCUUUUCUCCUGCUAGUGAACACACAUAUAUCACCAUAAUAUUAUUCACCUCCAUAAUAUCUGGCAAAACCAAUCUAAUUUUCAUGCAAGUAUAUUGCAAAGCAAGUAUCUGAUACUAUCAAUGUAUUUAAUCAAAGAUUAAAUCUCCAAGUAGAAUGUCAGUGAGUAUUUCACCACAUGUGAACUCAAAGGUGUCCUUGUUGUCAGAUGCAUACUUGAUGGUGACUUGAUUACCUGUGAUAUGCAAGAUUUCUCCUGGAUACACAGUCUCAGAGAAGUUUUCAUUUACCCAUGUUUGUUGAAUCACUUUGUCAUGUAGGUCACUUGGUGAGUUCACUAGUGCAACACAAAGAUCUGUCUUGGUUUGCCCACAGUCUGGGCAUAGUUCAAUGAUAUCCUGGUCAGUUAUGACUGACUUGGCUUGAAUCAGGGUCUUUGCCUUUGACUGAAGUUUUCUCCUGGCUUUGUCAUCCUUUUUUUUGGUGGUUCUCAUGCAACUACUUCACUCACUUCUCUCACCUUUCUCUUUCUCGGCCUUUCCAGUUGCAAACUUGACCACUGUGUUAUCUUUGGAUUAUAACCAACUCAUUUGUUACCUUGUUUAUCCAUGAUAUUUUCAUUACAUUUCUGUACACCCACAUCUCAAAUGCUUGUAAUCUGAACAGUUUGUGACUUUUGCUUUCUUUGGUAUUCUGACAAAUACUGAAUCAUUCAUAUCAGAUGGAAUGUAUCCAGAAUCAUAAACAAGGUUACACAACUCUGUAAUUUUCCUCAGUCCUGCAUUGUCUAAGGCUUUCAACAUUUUUGUAGUGAUGUCAUCAUUUCCACUUGCUUUGCCCUUUUUCAUAACUUCAAUAACCUUUUCUACUUCUAGCUUCAUUAUGGCCCUUCCUUCCUGGUUGUCAAUAUUAGAUGGAUCUCCUCUCCCAUCGUAAUAUUGUUCAUUCAUAUACUCACCCAUCUAUUAAUAAUUUCUUCUGAAUCAAACAGCAUUUUUCCAUUUGUAUUACAUACACAGUUGCUUCCAUUUUUGUAUCUUCUUAGGUUAGUCAUCUUUCUCACCUUUUCAUACAAAUCUUUUGUUUUUUGCUCUCUGUUCAGAACUUCUAUCUCUUCACAUUUCUUAUUCCACCAGGAUUCCUUAGCUUCUUUACACUUGUUUCUGAUUUCUUUAUAUAUUUCUUUGUAUCAUUCUGUUCCUUUGUGACUUUUUCUGACUUACAUCAUGUGCAGUAUUUCAUCUGUUAUCCAUGAUUUUUUCUUCAUAUUUUUCAUCUUUGGGAGAACUUUCUUUGCAGACUUCACCAUAACUUACUUGAGUGAUAUCCAUUUUUGUUCAGUUAUUUUGUUAUCAUUACUUUGUGUGACUUUUUCAUUGUUGAGCACAUCAAAUUAGUUGCGUACUUCCACUGCAUAUCUUGUCUUGUAUUCUUCUUAUUUCAGCAGGUUCGUGUCUAAUUGGUCACUUGCACCUCACUUUGCUGGCUUCUUCAAUUUAAUCUUCAUCUUGACCAUGACUGGAUUUUGGUCAGAGCCCACAUCAGCUCUCGAAUAGACAUGUGCUUGUUUCACACUGUUUCUAAAUUUCUGAUUUACUAGGAUGAAAUCUGUUUUAUUCCUGUGUAUAUCUCCAAGGCUCUUCCGGGUGUACAGUCUGCAUUUUGGGUGUUGAAACCAUAUGUUAGUAAUCAUCAUGUUAUGCUCUUCACAAAACUGCAAUAAUCGUCUUCCUCAUCAAGGCCAUAUUUUCCCACAAUGUCUAGAUGUUCUUUAUUCCCAACUUUAGCAUUGAAGUCCCCCAUAACGAUCACAAUUUCUCUACACUUUAUGUCUUCCAUAGCUUGAUUCAGUUCAUCAUAGAAUGUUUCCACUUUCUCAUCACUGUGAUCACUUGUUGAUGCAUAUAUUUAUAUGAUGUUACUAUCAAAAGGCUGACCUUUUAAUUUUGACAUAACUCAUUGUGAUACUGGUCAGUGUUCCAUCAAAUUUGCAGCUGUUGUUUUCUUCAUCAGUAUUUCUAUGCCAUUGAUGUGUUUUACUCCUCCUGAGUAAAUUAAUAUAUGAUCACCAUGCUGUACCUUUCCACUCUCUCCACCUUAUUUCACAAAGGCCUAGUACAUCUUCAUUCAUGUGUUUCAUUUCUUGUAUCAUAUUAUGAAUUUUUCCAUCUUGAUACAUAGUUUGUACAUUCCAUGUAGCUAUUUGUAAGGUCUGGCCUCUGGUUCUCCACUUUACACCAUCAAAUGGCUGCUUUCCUAAUGGUUUUGAGUAGCCAUCAUCAUUAUUAUGAGUUGUACUUUCCGCAAUAUCAGACUCUUCUUCUCUGUCACAUUGAGUGAGAGGUUUGGUCACAGGGGCCCCAAUUUCACCUCUAUUUCCAUCACCAUGACUAUCUAUGGACUCAUACUUGAUAAGGCCCCAAUUUCUUCCAAGGUAACUGACCACUGGUCCUUUUCUGUCAAGAGUGUGCCCUGGAUGUGUUAACUAUCUUGCUGUUGCACCAUCUGAACCAUUAACCAUCUAAUGUUCAGGUCCCUCUGCUUCUGCUGCUGCUUCAGUCUUUGUGCACUAAAGGGGUGAAGGCCCCUUUGCGACAGCUCAGUCCAGAACUGCUGAUACCCUCAUUUAGAUUAGCACGCCAGUCAAGGCAAGGUUCCAUGGUGUGGCUGCCAGUGUGCACUACCAGCUACUUGGAGCCAUAAGUGAGAGUUGUGUAAUAGUGGGAGACCAGUGUACAAUGUCCACAUCCAAGUUGAUGCAGAUGUGCAGCUGACAAUGUACAAAGGGACUACUCUUAACACUAACUACACCCAACACCACUCAAAUUACUAUUAACUGAAAAAUUAAAAUUUUGUAUGUCAGUAGCACCUACCUUCAACAAGGAAGAUCUCAGCCUGCCUGGAACUGAUGGGACACCAUCUUUGCAGGUAGUCAACUAGGUCAACCCUCAGAUGAUACACAGAUUCUGCAAGAUGGAACAUCACAUGUAGACGAUUUCAAAUAUGAGGGAGAAGCAGACUUCUAUCAGUGCUCCUCAUCUUUAGGAAAGAACAAAAGCUCCCUGGAUCUCCUGAUCCCUGCUUGUGCUGCACCUUUGAUAUGGCUGCAAUGAUGUUGAUAGCCAGGCACUCUUUGCCAAAUGGUCUCUCUUUUACUCCAUUCAUGGCCUCCUGUUUUCUCCAAAUAUCUUUUGCUUUUUGUGCCAUCCCAUCUAAUGGAUGCACAUUGCACUCAAGUUCAUUUAGUGUGUGGCUGAAGUUUCUGGCAAGAUUGUCUGUCACACAGUGGUUCACUGCUACCCUAUCAGUCAUUGUGUUGGUAAUGUUUCUCAUAGCUGUCUUGAACCCCUUCUCCAGAUUCUGGCAUUGGAAUGAACUGAAGGUGGUGGAAACAUCCUGUAUUGUCUCCAUAAUGUGAGUGGUGUAGUCUUUGUUGUGCCCAGCAGGAAGACUGGAUACACCUGAAAUUAAAGAAGUAUUUCUAUUCAACAUGUAUUGUAAAGUUAUAUUUUUUAUGUCUGCUGACAGCCAGCAUUUGAAUAAAACUGAAACAAUAUUGAAGACUCGACACAACAGACUGAAGUACAUUAUAAGUUUGAUAUAUUGUGUAUCAAGAAUUACAUUUCUAUCUGCCAUAGAUUGAGGUGGAGUUCCAGCACAGGGUUGAUUAUCUCCCCUGCCUGCACAUCACUUAUCACUCCCAUUUCUCGUGCCAUGAGCUUGACUGGUGAAUUGCUUGGGAGAGACUGAAGUUCAUUGCCUGUCAUCUUCUUGAUGUUAAAGUGCACAACAUUUGCUGCCUGCUCCAUAGGGACUUGGUGCUCCAAGCAGUAAUAAAUACACCAUCUUGUUUUUGAAACAUAAGUCUUCUUGUCAUAUUUAUUUUGUACUUUCUCCUUCACCUCAUGAUCCAAAUCAGUUAGCUUUAUUUCUAAGUUUUUGUUCAGUUCUCUAACCCUUUGCAGUUCAACAGUAAUAUUGUUGGCUUGGGCUUUCAGUUUAUUGACAGUUUUGCUGUCCUUGUGUUUCCAAUAAGCAGCAUUUCUUCUCUGUUGGCUUUUACAUCAACACAUACAGGUUUUCAGAUCCUCAUUGGCCUGUGAUAUAUUAUUAUUAUCUGGUUUUUUAUUUGUUUUUCCUUGUUUGAUUCAAUUUAUGCACAAGGAUCACAAUCCUAGCAUCUUUUCAUGCAUUGACUUAUCCUUUUGGGAACAUAUUUCUUCACUUUGUUUUUUAGUCUAAUAUUUUCUUCUUUAAUCUUAUUCAGUUGAUCAUUAGUGUCUGUUCUCUGAGCAAUUUUUUUAGCUAAACUGAUGUUAAUAUUUUGUAGUAGUGCACAGUUGGUGCAUUAGCAAAGUCACGAUUUCAUUAUUAUAUUGUUCAGAUGACUCUGUACCUGGAGUCUUUGGAUUCUUUGUAGAUGGACCAACAAAGUCACUUUCCAAAAAGUCUUCAAAAUGACUAUGUGGGUCAAUGCGAAAACGAGACUAAAAUUAAUGAUGCAUGUCUGCCCCAUCAAUGGAAGUUCUCCAGUCACAGAUUUUCCCCCUGCUGAGACGUUACACAGUUUUGCUCGUGACCUCAGCCUUUGUAGCCAUGCCUAAUAAUAUGUAAAUAUGGGUUCCAUUAAGUGUGUUAGGUAGUGGGAUGUGUGAGGAAGCUUGAAACACAUUCAUUAAAGAGAGAGUUUAGACAUUGAUGAGAGAGCUUAUUAAUUCCAAGAUGAUACCUAGUAUCCUCACACAUAACAGCUUGAUCCUUCAUACAUCUGCAUAUGAAACUUGCAUGUCAGUAACCUUGAACUGUCUUCCACCUAAAAAGCAUGUGUUCAAUGUGAACUGUGCUUGUGCAUGAUGACAUUAUCAUGUGACAUAGGCCCUCCACCAAUAUGAAGGUGACCCAACCUCCUUGAGAAUUAUUGUCCCCUAAGCACUUGUAACAGGUGGCUGGUAGAUGUAGUUGUUAGGUCAACUUCACACAAGUUAAAAAUAAAUUUAUUUAUUACCGGGUUGUGCAGUUGUGGGAUAAGAAUUGACUCAGAGACUGGUGACUGAAAUAUAAUAUAAAACUUUAGUUGAAAAUCUUCAAAUAUUCAUCAACAUCGGCAGUACCAAAAUUGUCAUGAAAUAAUUCUAUGUCAGAAUGAUUAAAUACUUCAUACUGUAUGGUUAACUGUUCAUUGAUCAAGUCUCCUACAAGGUUAAUCAACACUGACACUAUAACAAGCAAAUUAUUAGGUUAACACAAGAUAUACAUUCCGUCAUAGUUAUGUUUAGCAAAUUCAGUUAAAACUUUUAAAAUAUCAUUCAACAACUCUUAUUACUUCUUCAAUUAGUUUUGCUAAAUCUACAAUUGAAAUUCCAUUAACAGUAUCCUAUUCUCAGACAUUAUACACCAUUUUGCAAGUACGUUAUUAGACUAUAGAGCGGCAGCAAUCAUUACUUGGAGAGAGUUUGUUCAGCAAAUGUUUUCUGUAUGCUGGAGUACAGCCAUCCUUGAUCAGAAAAGUGGGAAAGUUCUGGACCAAAAAAUGACAUUUUAUCCACAUUUUCUUGUGUUUAUUUAAUUUCUCAACAAGUGCUGUAUAGCUAUUUUGCAAGUAGUUCCUUCAUUUAAUUUGCACAUUUGUGUCCUUCUACUAAACCAAAACCAUAACUAUAUGUUAAUUGAUUGGUACUUUAAUGUAAGUCUUCUCUCAUAUACUCCUACACUUGUUGCUUUCAAUCAAAGAUCUGCUAUUUUUUUUUUAUAAGUCCACUUCAGUUAGUCUGGUUUCUAAUAUCCUAAACAUUUGUCAUUUUUCUGUACCAUGAUUGCAUCUGUUUAAUGCUGAUAAGAGAACUGUUGGUUUGGACUUUUCGUAUUACAUCUUGGAAUAUAUUUCACUCAACUUGUGUAUUUACUUUAAUGUUUUCUUGUCAUUAUUUAGUUAACCAUUAUUUUUUAAGUUUCUAUUAUUUAGUUACACUAUGUGUGUUCAUCCUUGAUCUGACAUGUUUGUUUGGACUCAUAAAAAUUCAAAUUUUUCAAUCAAUUAAGCACUUACCUUCCACUGCACCUCCAUCAUAGAAUGAAGUUAUUGUAAGUGCUUAGGAGGAGCUAUUGCACAAGGAGGUUGUGUCCCUCCAUUUGUGGAGGGCUAUCAUUGCAUGAUGUACAAGUGCAGUUCAUGUUAAACAUGCUAUUUAGUUGGGAGUUAGCAAAUCCCAUAGGCAGGUACAUGAGGGAUCAAGCUAUUCUGUAUGAAGAGGUAUGUAUUGGAAAUACAUUUUCAGGUAAGGAUAGUGGGAAUAAAUAAAUUGAUAGCCACGGAGGAGUUUGGAAAUAGAAGAUUUGUAGAAUAAGUUAAGUAAUAGUUUUAAGGAUAAGUCUAUCAGAUUUAAAGUUAAACAUAAUAGACUGAAGGACAAUCUUAUUAUUAUUAUUGUAAUGUUAGGAGUAUUAGAGUUUAUAGCUCAAACUGAAAUUGAAGGCUAUGAUAUAAUUGGUAUUACUGAAACAUAUGGGUAGAUUUGGGGAAUACUGAUAAUAGAAAUUGUCUUGAAGUUCUAGAUUCUAAGCUAUUUAAUAGGAAUAAAUUGUUUUUAACCCUCUCACUACAGACAGGUUAGAGGGAGCAUGUUAAGACAUUUUAGAGAAUUAUUUUCAGAAUUUAAUUAAACUUUAUUAUGAAGUAUGUCAGUAAAAUUGGCAUCAAAACAUAGUUUAUAGUUCAAAUUUUAAUAUUAUAUAUGUUUCAAUUUCUUGAUUUCAAAGAAACUAUUACAAACAAUAUACUAAAUAUCUUUUUUUGUUUGUCACAUUGCACAUACUCUUGUCUUAUUGGUUAAUUUAUAUUUUAUUAUGCCUAUCAUACAAAUCUGUAGUGGUUAUCAAAUUAGAUAUUCAGCUAUUACAAACUAUUACAAACAAUAUACUAAAUAUCUUUUUUUGUUUGUCACAUUGCACAUACUCUUGUCUUAUUGGUUAAUUUAUAUUUUAUUAUGCCUAUCAUACAAAUCUGUAGUGGUUAUCAAAUUAGAUAUUCAGCUUUCAGACAUUGAAAAGCUAGAAUAUAAAAUGAGAAUUUCCCACCUUUUUAAUUUGCUGAGGUAUCAAUAUAUUUAGCAAAACUACCAGAGUAGCCCCACCCACAUGUUUAUAAUCAGUAGAAAAAAACACAUUCUAAGCUACUUAAAUCUGACAGUUGUUUUUAACUAGUUUGAAGGGGAAAGUCAGGUUUUUACUGGAAAUGUUAAAAUCUGUUGACUGAAUUGUUGUUUUGAACAGAAAUGAGAUUUUUUAAAACUCGUAUAUAGCUUAGUUAGAAAGCCAGAUAAAUUACAGUGAUGUUAUGUGCACUAGUAUGGUAAUUUGAUAAUUAUUUGGUUUUCUAUAACAUAUCUUUGAAAUUGACAAGAAUUAAUUUGUCUUCCCCCUUCACUUGAGAGAAUAAACUAGGCUUAGCAAGUACAACAUGAGUGCAAGUCCGUUUUGUAGCUUUAUAAAUUGACAUAGUGGUGAUUGAGUCACUCAAGCCAUUGAAGCAGUGCUCUGCUGCUAGUAAUGAAGUUAAUAAAAUUUUUAAUGUGUAAUUAGUCAUUCAUUAUGAGUCAGAAGAGGUAAUUAUCUUUAUACAAAUCAUUAUAUACACUUCAUUUGGAAAACUGUAUGCAGUUUUGUUCUCCUUGUCUAAAAACAAGAUGCUGAAUAAUUUGAAAUGGUUCAGAGAAAAACAAUCAGUAUGAUUCCUGGGAUGAAAGUUAUUUUGUAGGUUAGAUUAAAAUCUCAACUUAUUUUUUGGUAGGAGAGGUAGUUCUUUUAUUCACCUUCCGUUAUUGAGUAAUGUGUGUGUAAGAUACUAAUUUUAUUCUUAUUGAUAAAUAUAAGUGGUCUUUUUUUUCCCCCUUUGACAAACACUCCAGUAUUAACCACAGCUAUAUAUAACCUAACAGGUGGUGAUCUACUUCACAGUAAAUGUCACUAUUUCCAUGUAACUUUACAUUCAGAUCUUGGAACCAGCAAGAUAUUAAAUGUUCAAACAUUGCAUAUUAUAUAAAAAUAUUCCAGUAUUUUUGUUUCUUCAAUAUUCAAAAUACAUUUUUUAAUAGGAUAUGUAUUUUUUUCACCUCAAAAUGAUCUUUAAAGUUUUUCUAUGUGACUGUGCAAGUGUCCUAAGCUGUGCAUAACAUGAUAUAAUAGUACCAUUUAGUUAAGGUUUGACUUGUAUAUAUUCUCUUGUUGCCCUUCUUUUUUAGAUGCAGUUGCUCUUAUAUUUGUAUUAAAUAAUUGAUCUGUACUACUUCUGAACUGUCAUAGAAAACAUAAGCAUACAUGUAUAAUAUUUUUAUGGACCCUAUAGAUUUUCAAUGAAUUCAUAUAUGUAUCAACAGUAAUACAGAGGAAACCAUAGUGAACUUUUACAAUUUAAAAAAUGGAGUUAUGUGAUUAAAAAAAAAGAUGGUGUAUUAAACAAUGAAUUGGAGAUGCACUGUAUUAAUGGUGUGCUCUAUAUGUAAUUUAGUUGGAUUUACCAAAGGAUUACUGUAAUGUACUUAUUUUUUGGAUAAGCCUGAUAAGGUAUGAUAAAGUGUUUUUCAGCUAAAUGAAGCUUUUGUAUUGGAACUGCAUGACAGAAAAUGUUAUAUUUACAUUUAACUGAUGGCAUAUUUUGUAUUUAUGCAUUAAGUUUUUUUGGAACAUACCAUAAGUAUUAAUACAUAAAAGUAUAGUACCAUAAUGAGCAUAUUUUGUCAAUGUGUUAAAUCUUAAAUUAUGAAAUAGAAGCAAAUCAAAUAAUUUCAUUAUUCAUUGAAUUAGUUUACUUUUAUGUAUUGUUUAUGGUCUCUGUUUUGAUAUUUUAGAUUUAGUAGUUUCUACCUAACUAUGUAUACUGUGGUACUAGUGAAUAUAAAUCACCUGUGAAUGUGAUACACUGUUGUAUGUCUUAUAAUGGGUUAAAUUAUAUAUACAUUUGUUCCAUAAUGUUCUCAUUUCUAACUGAAUUAUUGAGCUAAUAUUAAAGGAAAAUUAAAUGUUAUGUAGAUUAGAAAAUAAACCUAAUAAUGUGACUUGGAAUAUUUUUGUAUAGCAUACUGCAGAAUGUGUGCACUGUGUUUGUAUCAGUCAAAAUCAAAUGCUUUUAACACAAGAUACAUAGUAGCAGUGGUAGUUUGUAGUCCUUGAUAAAAGUGUAUAAUUUUGAUCUUUUUAUGCAACAUUAAUUUAGGAAACUAUUUGUAUGUAUUUGUAGUGCAUAUAUUAAAAUACUUAGACAUGUU